GCUCCCCUGUCCGCGCGCCUGGCCUGCAGGUUGGAACCCGAGGAUGUCACCGCGGGGCAGAGUCAGUCCUAUUGGCUGACUCAGGCGUCACAAUGAUUCAGAGGGGCGUUCCCAAUUCACAUUGAGAGCAAUGGAAAACAAAAACAGAAUUACCUGGAAAAACUCAGCAGGUCUGGCAGCAUCGGCGGAGAAGAAAAACGUUGACGUUUCGAGUCCUCAUGACCCUUCAACAGAACUGAGUAAAAAUAGGAGGGGUGAAAUAUCUUGAUGGUCAAAGUCUCUCCCCCGAGCACGCGCUUAGGUGACUCUCCCUCAUUGUUGUCGGACCGAAGUUAGCCAAUGGGAGGAGCUGGACGACCGGAAAGUGAAUGGUCCUCCAACCAAUCAGAGCGCGGGCAUUAUCGCAAUGACGACCCGGAGCUUCCCCCAUUGUUUGAAUUCGGUUGAGCUUUUAAACCUGUCCAUUACUGCCCAGCAAAGCUGCUGAUGCUGCUUCUCUUUCUGAAUGAGGAUUUAGCUUCUCACACACGAAAACUUUCUCCCCAGUCCCGUGUCAAAUACCUGAUAUUAGGAGAGGACUUGUAUCUGGGAAACUCAAACGAAAUAUCGCGUCAAGAUCUGACAGAGUUACUGGAUUCAUCAGGCCUGAAUAUCAUCAGCCCUUUGAAUGUGGAAUGUGGAAGGAGAAAUGUUCCCCUGUUAUGUCUGUGGGAACACAUUUCAAGCAUCAGUGUGACUGGAAAAGCAAUGAAACACAGACAACUGAGUGAGAGUGCUCCAGUGAACUGACUGUGAAAAGAGCUUUAACCAGUUAUACAGUCUGAAACAACAUUACGCCAUUCACAGCAGGGAGAGAUUGUACACGUGUUCUGUGUGAAGAUGAGGUUUCAACUGAGUGGUUAACCUGGAGGGACACAAGGACACCUGCACCAUGGAGAAACCGUACAAAUGUGGGGACUGUGGGAAGGGAUUCUGCACCCCAUCUGCGCUGGAAACUCAUCAACGCAUUCACACUGGGGAGAGGCCUUUCACCUGCUCUGAGUGUGGGAAAGCAUUCACUCAGUCAUCCACCCUGCUGAAACACCAACGAGUUCACUCCAGGGAGAGGCCUUUCGUCUGCUCUGAAUGUGGGAAGGGAUUCAGUAAUUCAUCUCACCUGCUGACACACAAGCGAGUUCACACUGGGGAGAGGCCAUUUAUCUGCUCUGAGUGUGGGAAGGCAUUCACUCAGUCAUCCAACCUGCUGAUGCACCAGCGAGUUCACACCAGGGAGAGGCCAUUCAUCUGCUCUGAGUGUGGGAAGGGAUUCAGCGAUUCAUCUGCCCUCCUGACACACCAGCGGGUUCACACCGGGGAGAAGCCCUUCAUCUGCUCUACAUGUGGGAAGGGAUUCCCUCAGUCAUCCAACCUGCUGACACACCAGCGAGUUCACACUGGGGAGAGGCCUUUCAUCUGCUCCGAGUGUGGGAAAGGAUUCACUCAAUUAUCCCACCUGCAGACACACCAACAUGUUCACAAUGGGAAGAGGCCAUUCACCUGCUCUGGAUGUGGGAAGGGAUUCAUUCAGUUAUGCAACCUGGUGAUGCAUCAGCGAGUUCACACUGGGGAGAGACCGUCCAUCUGCUCUGAAUGUGGGAAGGGAUUCAGAGAUUCGUCCACCCUGCUGAGACACCAGCGAAUUCACACUGGUGAGAGGCCAUUCACCUGCUCUAUGUGUGGGAGGGGUUUCAGUCAGUUAUCCAGUCUGCUGAGACACCGGCGAGUUCACAAUUGGGAGAAACCAUACACGUGCUGUGUGUGUGGACGAGGCUUCAACCGGUCAUCUGACCUGUCGAGACACAAGCGCAGUCACACUGAGGAGAAACCGUGUAAAUGUGGGGACUGUGGGAAAGGGUUCAAUUUUCCAGUUCAGCUGGAAUCACAUCGGCGCAGUCACACCGGGGAGAAGCCGUUCACCUGCUCCGAGUGUGGGAAGGGAUUCACUCUGUCAUGUAACCUGUUGGCUCACCAGCGAGUUCACACUGAUGAGAAACCUUUUAAAUGCCCAGACUGUGGGAAGUGCUAUAAAAGUUCUGGGGAACUGAUGCGCCAUCAACGUAUUCACACUGAUGAGAGGCCAUUCAGGUGCUCUCAGUGCCAUACUGGAUUCAGGCAAUUAUCUGACCUCACUGUACACCAGCGAGUUCACACUGGAGAGAGGCCAUUCACCUGUUCUGAGUGUGGGAAGGGAUUCACUCAGUUAGCCAACCUGCUGACACACCAGCGCAUUCAUACUGGUGAGAGGCCGUUCACCUGCUCCUUGUGCGGAAAGGGAUUCACUACAUUAUCCAACCAGCUGGAGCACCAACGAGUUCACACUGGGGAGAGGCCAUUCACCUGCACCGUAUGUCAGAAGGGGUUUGCUCACUCAUCCACCCUGCUGAGACACCAGCAAGUUCACAAAGAUGCAUGAGAAUGCCACCAUCUUCAAGUUCCCCACCAAGCUACACACCAUCCUGACUUGGAACUAUAUCGCCGUUCAUUCACUGUCACUGGAAGAAAAUCCUGGAACCCCUUUCCUAACAGCACAAUGUGUACUUACC